GCCAGCCCUGGGAGCGCCCCGGAAUGCGUCCUGCAGCCGCAGCCUGAGCUUUAGCACUUGCCGGGAAUGUGACCGGGACUGAGGGGCCACCAGAAGCAUGGAGACUGUGGUGAUCGUUGCCAUAGGCGUGCUGGCCACCAUCUUUCUGGCCUCGUUCGCAGCCUUGGUGGUGGUUUGCAGGCAGCGGUACUGCCGACCUCGACCCCGGGACCUGCUGCAGCGCUAUGAUUCCAAGCCCAUUGUGGACCUCAUCGGUGCCAUGGAGACCCAGUCCGAGCCCUCUGAGCUAGAACUGGACGACGUCGUCAUCACCAACCCCCACAUCGAGGCCAUUCUGGAGAACGAAGACUGGAUCGAGGAUGCCUCGGGUCUCAUGUCCCACUGCAUUGCCAUCUUGAAGAUCUGUCACACUCUGACAGAAAAACUUGUUGCCAUGACAAUGGGCUCAGGGGCCAAGAUGAAGACUUCGGCCAGCGUCAGCGACAUCAUCGUGGUGGCCAAGCGGAUCAGCCCCAGAGUGGACGAUGUUGUGAAGUCGAUGUACCCGCCGCUGGACCCGAAGCUCCUGGAUGCACGGACAACGGCCCUGCUCCUGUCUGUCAGUCAUCUGGUGCUGGUGACCAGGAAUGCCUGCCACCUGACCGGGGGCCUGGAUUGGGUAGACCAGUCGCUGUCCGCUGCUGAGGAGCACUUGGAAGUCCUUCGAGAAGCAGCCCUGGCCUCCGAGCCAGAGAAGGGCCCCCCAGGCCCUGAGGGCUUCCUGCAGGAGCAGUCGGCCAUCUAGUGCCGGCUGGCCAGCUGCUGACCACAAGGGCCGGCCGGCUGAGCCUUCCACUUUUCCUGUCGUUAGUUCCGCACGGCUCGGGGGCCCAGCUGUGUGCAUCGUACACCAGGAGAGCCCGUGCGUCGAUGCCUCUGCUGCAGUUGCAGAUGGUGGCUGGCGAGUGGCAGUCUGACACCACAGUUAGGGGAGACGCCAUUCACCGUCUGUACGGCAGCCCUCUGAGCACGGGUGGACUCUAACCUUUGUUGGGCUCACCUGGUGCUUUCAGGGAACCUGAGCCACCUAAGGAUUCUUAGGAGGUUUCACAUCACAAUCAGCAUUUCUGGCUUCCCUUGAACAAUCAGAAGGUGAGGCAACUCUGACCUGCAUUUUCCAAAGAGGACAAUCAAUUGGAACCAAGUAGGAGUAGCCUUUUUUUUUUUUUUUUUAAUCCUCACCUGAGGAUACUUUCCCAUUAAUUUUUAGAGAGAGACACAGAGAGAGAAGCAUCCAUCUGCGAGAGACGCAUAGAUUGGUUGCUUCCUGCACAUGCUCUGACCGGGGCCAGGAAUGGAGCCUGCAACCGAGGUACAUGCCCUUGACCGGAAUCGAACCUGGGACCCUUCAGUCCGCAGGCCAAAGCUCUAUCCACUGAGCCAAACUGGCUUGGGUGGGGUUGCCUCUUUUUGCAAGACUUGUACUCUCUCACCUGGUCUGUUUCAUUGAUUUGUGUCAUCUGCCCGUUCCCUGAGGCAUCUGAGUCCCUCCUCCCCUGCACAGGUGUGUGUUUGAAGGUGAGCACCCCAGAGUUGAUUAUUCCCUUUUCAUCAUUAUGCCUGUAAUUUGACCUAGUUACCACUAGGUGGAUAGUAAAUG